UUCUUAUCAUCUAAUGCUAAAGACAUUGGGACUUUAUACUUAAUGUUUGCAUUAUUCUCAGGUUUAUUAGGUACAGCAUUCUCUGUACUUAUAAGAUUAGAGUUAUCUGGACCUGGUGUUCAAUACAUUGCUGAUAAUCAAUUAUAUAAUAGUAUAAUUACAGCUCACGCCAUAAUGAUGAUUUUCUUCAUGGUUAUGCCUGGUUUACUAAGUGGUUUCGGUAAUUUCUUAUUACCAUUAUUAGUAGGGGGUCCAGAUAUGGCA